AUGUACACUAGUACGAGCAGUGCACAGGUGGUGCAGAGCAGUGCACAGGUGGUGCAGAGCAGUGCACAGGUGGUGCAGAGCAGUGCACAGGUAGUGCAGAGCAGUGCACAGGUAGGGCAGAGCAGUGCACAGGUGGAGCAGAGCAGUGCAGAGUGCAGUGCACAGGUGGUGCAGAGCAGUGCAGAGUGCAGUGCACAGGUGGUGCAGAGCAGUGCACAGGUGGUGCAGAGCAGUGCAGCGUGCAGUGCACAGCGACAAAGCUCCGAACCCAGCACCAAUGUCAAGCCAUACCCUAGCAAUGCCCAGCCAUACCCUAGCAAUGUCAAGCCAUACCCUAGCAAUGUCAAGCCAUACUCUAGCAAUGCCAAGCCAUACCCUAGCAAUGCCAAGCCAUACCCUAGCAAUGCCAAGCCAUACCCCUAG